AGUUUUACAAAGGAGUGAUUUUGGAGGGAGGAGAAAGAUAAGGCUCUGAAGCUAAGAACGAAGAGAUCACUGAAAGAAAGAACGAAGGAUGGCGGCUUUGAGUUCCGUGUCCAUUUCAUGUCUACAUUCACAAAAUCGCAGCGAAAGCUCCUUACUUUUAUCCAAAAGACUCUCUUUUCCACAGCCAUUUUCCAUAAAUUGGUCUCUGCAGAAACCCAGAUUCUCAAUCUCGCAUUGCCUCAAGAAAAGUGGUGAACUUGAUGAGAGAGAAAGGCAACAAGAACAUGGAGGAAAAGGAGGAGAAGAGGAGGAAGAAGAGGAAGAAGAAGAGUAUUGGGUUGUGACGGCCGUGAGAAGCUUCUACAAUGAGAUCGUUAUUGUGGAUAGUGCUAAGUCCAGAUAUCUCCUCCUUGAUUCUACUAAGAAUGUGCAUAGUGUUAUCAACAAGGGAGGUCAGAAUUGGACUAAAUCCUACUGGGAUGAGUUUGCUAGUUUGCCGGCUAUAAUCCCCGAGGGCCCAAUUGCGAUUUACGGCUUGGGUGGUGGAACAGCAGUGCGGUUAAUGCUCGAGUUGUGGCCUUCUUUGCAGCUUGAGGGUUGGGAAAUUGACCAAAUUUUGAUUGAGAAAGCAAGAGCCUAUCUAGGGCUGUCUGAACUGGAGGAACCAACGCCAGAGGGUGGCAGACUUCAUGUUCGUGUUGAAGAUGCUCUUGCUCCAUCUCAAGAUGCUUAUGGAAGAUAUGCUGGAAUCAUUGUCGAUUUGUUCUCCGAUGGGAAGGUCCUAAGCCAGCUGCAAGAGGUUCAAACCUGGCAGGAACUAGGUAGCAGGUUGAUGCCUAACGGCCGGAUAAUGGUGAAUUGUGCUGGAAUCAAGGCAGAAGAAGAUACCUCGAAUGGAAAACCACAGGUGGUAUCCGGUGAUUCGGCUUGGGUGUUGAACUCUACCAUCAAGACCUUGUCCGAGGCAUUUCCCGGACAAGUUUGUUGGAAGAGAACACCGGAUCCACAAGGUUUGAACUUCAUGGCCAUGACCGGGGGCUUACCUGAUCAGAUUGCUUGGUCUAAUGAGGUUCCUGUCCGGAUGAGCGAAGCUGUGAAGCAAUGGAAACUCUGCCAGUCUUUUCCUUGAGUGGAAAUCUGCACCAGCUGUCUUGUUUCAUCAACAGAAAUUGUUCAGCCUAGUUUCUUACACGCCCUUGAAAACAUUUCCCCUUAGCGCA